AUGGCACGCAUCAACUUGCCUCUGGACGCGCUCACCUCGCGCCUGAAUCUUUCCGGCCGCUUCGACUCCGUCCGCUCUCAGUCCAUUGCCAACCGCUUCGCCAACCUCAAACCGAUCGGCGAGUUCCUCAAUAUCAAGCAAAUUAGCAAACCACGCGACUUCAGCGAGCUACAGACCAGGGCGAACUACAACCUGUCCUACUUCAGCAGCAACUAUGCCGUACUCUUCGUCAUGCUCAGUAUCUACAGCCUGCUCACGAACCUCCUCCUGCUGUUUGUGAUCAUACUCGUGGUUGGUGGCAUGUUCGGUAUCUCGAAAUUGCAGGGCUCGGAUCUGGACUUAGGCUUCGCGCGCUUCACUUCGUCCCAACUAUAUACUGGUCUGUUGAUCUUGGCUGUGCCUUUGGGUAUCUGGGCGUCGCCUAUAACCACUGUUCUGUGGCUUGUGGGCGCGAGGAGGCGGUUUAAGGAUCGGUCGGCCGCGCACUCUUCGCCCUAUGAAACGGGAAGACCACCCGGAGCUCCCACUGACAGUGUUCGGCGAAGACAAGAUUGGGAGCUUCGAAAUUUAGCAGGAAAAGGUCGCAUGAGCGAUCCACGUUUUCAAGAGCUUGACAGUGAGGAGGAAGAUGGUCAAGGUGUUUUGUUAGAUCCGAAUGGUUAUGCUUUGCGGGAUGCUCGUCAGCGCGGUUUUGCUGGCGACGACUUGUAUUUUGAUGGUUAUGAUGUUGGGCAGGAUAGACAGCGCAGGCGCCAGGUGUAUGACUAUGGAGACGAGUAUGAUUCUGAAGAAGAGUAUUUGAAGAGAAGAGCUGCGGGUCGUCCAACAGCAAAGAGGAGUGAGGAAGAACUGCUGGUGCAAUCCGCUUUAGCACGAAUUGCGAAGGCUAGGUCGAGUGGGAAGACAAAUGUGAACUUGUCGGUGGAGGAGAUGGAAGCUCUCGAGCGCAGGCGAGGUGGCCAGCAGCCGGAGCAAGUCCCAUCUCCCAAGCCAGCACCAGCACUAAUGUCUCCACCCGCCACGCCAGCUAAAACGCCAAAAGGCAAAUCUGGGAGCAGGUCCAGCAGCUCGACUAGUCUUGCAAACCAGAAGACAAAGAAGAAGGGUAGUAUCAGCUCGCCAUCACCAGCCAAGUCGAACUCGAAGGCAAAGGUAGACCGGAAACCUUCAGCGGAGCAGAAUGUCCUCUACCCGCCUGGAACGCCGGGAUAUAUGGUUGCAGGACCGAAUGGUGUACCUAUCUUCCAGCCAAAUGUGUCAUACCCGCCGUCGAGCCUUGAUUAUGCCCGGCCUGGGGCUGCGCGACCCCGUUCUCGGUCGACAUCUAAACAUUCUCGACGAGAGUCCACGCCACCUGAGCAGACCGACGCCUAUGGCCAAUACCCGGCCCGUUACUACGUUCCGGGUGCGCGCCCAGCAUCCUCAAGCUCAAAUCGGUCCUUCCAGGACGACGCGGAGUGGUAUACGCCACCUCCCGUUCGCAACCGCUCCACGUCCAACGCACAGUACGCUGGCUACAGACCACCCGUUGACGACUACGAGACUACCUUGCCUGCAGCGCAGGGACGGCCUCGCAACGUCAGUGGGGCGCCCAGCCCGGAAAUGCGCUAUGCGAGCCUACGACGUGUUCCGCCUUCGUCAUCGCCACUUGCGCGACCCGAAGCACAACAUCAUGCGUACUCGGAUCCUGCUCGGAGGGUAAGCUCUUUGGGUCAGGAGCUGGAAAGGACGAGCAGUUCUUCGAGCGAGGACCAAGGUGUGCAGGUUGACAUUGUGCCAGAUGCAGUGGGUGGGUACUCUAUCAAUCGAGCUGCUACUAACGCGGGUGCCGGCAACGAAGGACGCAGGAGAAAGAGUGGACGUAGGUAG